UAUAAAACGAGUAUUUAAAACCAACUUAUCAAAAACAGUUGCAGGUUUUUUUUCUUCGCGACCCGUUUUAUAAUCCGGGUAGUGGAAAUAUGAGGGCGUUUUAAUUCAAUACAAGUCUAGACAGCGGCGGAAAAGCACCACAGCAGCUGCUCUACGGUGGGAGGUUAACAUACAUCCGCUGGUCAACGAAUGAAGAAAAUGUGAACAGCAGAUAAAGAGACAGCCAAUCAGCAUCAAAUGUCAGACACUGAUUUUGACUUCUUCUUUAGCCCCAGAAACGUUAAUUCUACCUUUCUUUACUUGAGCAUCACUCAUCCGAAGCCAACAUGACGAGGUCGGAGCCGUUUGAAAAACAGCAACAGCACAACGGGGACGUUUGCUCAGAGGCAGCCGGAGAAGAUGCGUUUGAUAACACCUACAAGGAGAAGGAAGGCCCGAAACCUACUAAAACCCUUGUCUGGAGAAAUAUCAUCCUCAUGACUCUUUUGCAUUUAGGAGCAGUAUACGGCUUAUUCCUCACCCCUUCUGCAUUUCCCUCUACUUUGCUUUGGUCUAUGGUCUGCUUUCUGAUAAGUGCUUUAGGAAUUACUGCAGGGGCUCACCGCUUGUGGAGCCACAGGGCCUACAAAGCUUCAUUACCUCUGAGGAUCUUCCUCGCUCUUGGUAAUUCCAUGGCUUUUCAGAACGAUAUAUUUGAGUGGGCUCGAGACCACCGGGUUCAUCACAAAUACUCGGAGACAGACGCAGACCCCCACAACGCCAGAAGGGGCUUCUUCUUCUCUCACAUUGGCUGGCUGCUGGUACGCAAACAUCCCGACGUCAUCGAGAAGGGAGGCAAGCUGGAGUUGAGCGACCUGUUAGGCGACAAAGUUGUAAUGUUUCAGAGGAGGCACUACAAGCUCUCUGUGCUGCUGAUGUGCUUCUUUAUUCCGAUGUUCGUGCCUUGGUACUUCUGGGGCGAGUCUCUGUGGGUGGCAUACUUCAUCCCGGCUCUGCUGAGAUACACCUUGGUGCUGAACGCCACCUGGCUGGUGAACAGCGCUGCACACAUGUGGGGAAACCGGCCGUAUGACCAGAACAUCAACCCGAGGGAGAACAGAUUUGUCACUUUCAGCGCCAUAGGUGAGGGAUUUCACAACUACCACCACACGUUCCCUUAUGACUACGCCACCAGCGAGUACGGCUGCAAGCUGAACCUCACCACCUGCUUCAUCGACUUCAUGUGCUUCCUGGGCCUGGCCAAGGACCGCAAGAGGGUGUCCCACGAGGUGGUCUUGUCCCGGAUACAGCGCACCGGAGACGGAAGCCACCGCAGUGGCUAAAAAAAAAUAAUUAAAAUAGGAAGGAUGAAACACAGAACAGACAAUGUCCACUUCAAAAGAAGAUGACUAACAGCGCUCUGACAGCUGCUCGGUUGCUCAUCUUCUGAGGUUAAAAUUCUGCGUCACAAGGGCCUUUACCACAGUUUGCUUGUUUUUGGUGGGGUUUUUUGUAGCUGUAGCCACACAAAAUGUUAGAGUUCAAAAGAAUAUUUUACAAUUCUGAGAUUUGCGAUAUAGAUUCAGACCCAAUGCUCAGUUGUUUCAGCUCUUUCAUUGUUGAGUUUUAGAAGUGGACUAUUCUUUGCCGUUGUUCAGUCUUCAUCAGCAUUCACCAAUGUAGCUGAUCAUUUUUAUGUAUUACAUCAAUGUUAAUUUAACGCUGGUUGGAAACUUUUCUUUAUUUCCGUGUUUAACACUUUCUGAAACGAAUUCUGUUCUAAAGAUUAACUUUAUGACUUUUUACGAUUUAAAAAAAAAAUCUUCUUAGUUUCUACUCGUUGGCUUUAUUGAAAUUUGAAAACCGAGUCGUGCGGCUUGCGUUGAUGUUUAAUACAGUUGCCUUGUGCAGAGAAACGAAACCAAAUUUAAAGCAAAACCUGAGGUUCGCAAUAAAAUUUUCAGUUUUGCUGCAUUUGUUCAUUAACGUAGCUAGUGACAGUGAUAUGUUCAAAAUAUUUCCUUUUCAGCUUUGCAGAAUUGCGCUGAAAGCGUUCCAAUCAGCCGCUUUAAUGGUAAAAUCCAUAGUUUCUUUCUCACAUCACAUGAUUGUGAAGACUGAGCUCUCAUUGGUCGGUGCAGCAGCCAGUCACGUGACAGAUCUAUUAGAAAAAUAAAACAUGCCAUUCUUUUGCAUGGCCAUAUGCUGUAGUAGGUGUUGUGCUGAGGUGAUGUGUCAGUGACUGUCAUGGCAGAUCUGCAUUCUGUCACUGUUGUAUCAUCAGGACUGUUGUGAUGGCGAUUCUCUGAGACGGUCUGAAAAAAAGGGACUGCCAUUUUCAAUUUGUAGGUGCUUUAAUCUUAGUGUUUAUAUGCGAUUAUGGUCUAUGGAAUGCUUUAAUUAUUUAUGUAAGAAAAAUAUUUCUUCCUCUUUUGACUUGAAAUAUUCUUAAUUGAUGGUUUUUGCACUCCUUGAUUUGGCCAAGUCUUGUGUCGUAUAUGUGAAAUAUUAAACUGCAGCACCUGCUUUUCUUCUUUGCCAGCAGUCAGACUACAGUACCGUGCAAAAAUAUUGUCACCUUCCUUUUGCUGUUUUGUCACAAAACGUUUUCACAAGCGUUUUGUGACAGACGCUUGUGAAUUUUAUUGGGAUUUCAGAAUUAAACCAGCACAAAGCUUCGCAUAACUACAAAGCAGAAGGAACCUAAUACUUUGUGGCAAUAUUAACUGCCAUAAAUCAGUUGUCCGAUGCCAGUUAUUUUAAUUUUAUGUUUUCUUUAAAAACCAGCUAACGUGAAGUCAAAUUGGGAUGUAGGUACGCACUUUAAUUUGAUCGAUAUCCUGCUGGAUUUCCGCUGUUCCUCCAGAGCGUAGAUGCACACCACACUUUUGAGAUCGUGUUCCAUUUCCCUUUAACUUCCAAAUUAUAUUUUGGAGAAAUCAGCAUCCUAAUAAAAUUUUGAAAAGAGUAUAGUGUUGAAGCGUGACAAAUUGGGAAAUUUCUUGGCAUAUUAAUAUUUUUCAAGGUACUGUGCCUCCUAAUGCCUUAUGACAUGAAUCCAUUUCUUUACAUUCCAGCAGCUCCAGGGUUCAAAUGCUGAAAGAAAAUAGCUUGCAGGUUGAAAUGCAAGGCAAGACAGCUUUAGCUCCAUUUGACAAAUCUUGGGAUGACAACUGGAACGAGGAGGGUAGGUAGCUUUUAUGUUGGAAAAACACUCACUGGUGCAAAUGUUCAUUUGGGAGUUUUCACUUGUAAAAUAAGGGUCGUGGUAGAGGAGAGGAGCAGAGCUGCCAUGUUGUCUAGAGAAAUGUCAUCACAAGCCAAUAGUGUCAAAUCAGCUGUGUAAGCAUUUUCUUAGCUUCAGGAAGGAUUGAAAAGGUUUCCAGUUUGUCAGAUUUCAACUGUUUCCUAUUCUAAAAUAAAAAUCACAAUAUUUUCAAUACA